AUGAUACCACAACUUCCAGAGGAUUGUAUUCGAGAAAUUGUUCAAUAUUUGUCGGAUAGUCCUUUUGAUUUGUUCUCAUGCUUAUUGGUAAAUAAGACAUGGUUCAUUUGUGCCAUAUCAAUUCUAUGGAAAAACCCAUGGAAACAUAAUAAAUAUUUACAUGUCAACAUCACCAAUUGUUCUUUAACUUUAAAGGGAAAAGUCAACCAUCUAACGUUUAAAAAUCAUCAUGAUUACAAAAUAUUUUGGAAAGUCAUUGGUAAAACGAUAUUAAAAUGUUUACCAUAUGAAACGAAACAACUAUUUAUUCACCAAGGGAUACCAUUAAACCCUUCCCUCCUUUCACAACCAAAAUUUAACUACAUAAUAUAUUUACAAAAAAUCUCGCAUAUUUACAUUAACCUCUUGGUAGAUAAUAUCUUUGAUGGGUUUGAUUCAUUAAUUGAAUGUAAGAGAGUCGUUACCAAGGAAUUAUGGAAAUACAUGUUACAAGAAUGUAAACGUGUUAAGACGUUGAUGAUACCGAAUGACAUAUCAUUUUUGAAAUAUAAUGAUGAUAUGAAGGAAUUUUUUAAAAGUAUUGAUACGUUGGUUUGCAGCACAAAACAUUCCAAGAACAUGUAUCAAGAAAUCAAGGGAUAUGGUCUUUCAUUACAAAAACUUAAGAUUCUCACGUAUAAUUCUUAUUAUAAUGAUGAAUUGGAAGAUUUGAUUAGGUCUCAAAGCAAUUUACAAGAAUUACAAAUAAUUGACGAUGAUGGUAAUAACAAGUUUGACUUCAUUCCUUCGUAUUCCUUGGAAAUUUCACCCAUAACGUAUCUUUACUCCAUAAGUAAUGUUUAUGAUAGAUUUAUAAUUCACUCACGAAAUUCGCUUAAAAUUAUUAAAGUCGAGACAAAAGUUUAUACUUUGGAUCACCUAAAAAGGUUCAUUCAAACAAUUGUUAAUUCUUGCCCUAAUUUAGAAGUUAUUAUUAUUCAUUUAGAUAAGAAUCGUUCUCAUGUCGGUAGAUUAGAUUCCGUAACAUGGGCUAUUAUUUCUUCAAUUACAUCGUCUGAUGAUGAAAGUAAACCCACGUUGGAAUUUUCGAUUAAGCCUACGUCUCGAGGAUAUGAAAUUCAUUUAAAGAGAAAUGUGCCAAACAUAAAACUUCCAUUAUAA